AUGGCUCCUCUCAAAGUGAUCAUAAUCGGUGGCGGCCUUGCCGGCGCAUGUCUAGCAAACGGCCUCAUCAACAAAUCCGACGGCCGAAUCGACGUAACUGUCUUCGAACGCGACGAGGCUGGUUCAGAACGAGGAGGCUACCAAAUCCGACUUGGGGCUCACGCACUUAUCGGUUUCAAAGUCUGCCUGAACGAAGAACAAUAUGCAAACCUACUCCCCUGCUUCGGCAAGUCUGGAGGCGUCGUCUCCUCUGCCCCUUGCAUCUUUAGUCCUUCUGACUUGAAAGUUCUGAUCGACUUGAGUAAAGCUCCAGUUUAUGAGAAGAGCGCUCCAAUUGCACGAACGAGACUUCGAAACUUUCUCCAGAAGCCACUACAGGAGAAUGGCUCUAUCCAUUUUGGUAAGAAGUACGUAAGGUAUGAAGUACUUCGAGGAAAGAUAGCUGGGCAAAGCAGCAUCAGGGUUCACUUCAGCGACGAUACUCAUCAUGACUGCGAUGUCCUCAUAUCUGCCGAAGGAAGUGGAAGUCGUAUCAACAAGCAGAUUGGGCUUAACAACAUCAUCACCCAGGUGACGCCCGGACAUGGUGGCUACUUGGGCAAAUGUCAUUUACCGUGGUCUGUACUACAGACACUGCCGCGACAGCUUUUGGAAAAGGGCACGAUCUACACCGGCAACUCCAAGGCUAUGGUGUUUGCCGCUGUAUAUCUACCAGAAGCGCUAUCGUCUCCCAAGAAUGCUUCUUAUUCCGAGCACACGGAUUUCCUCAAACCCAAGAACUACGACGAGGAUGAAGCUUCUCUUUUCCUCGGUAUGGCAUGGACGACGGGUCCUGACGCCGCAGAGCUACCUCACGUCAAAGACAAAAAGGGUUUGAUGAAGACGAAGCUCACAGAGGCUGGCUUUCAUCCUGGUUUUCAGAAGCUUGUUGACGCUGUCGAGGACGACGCUAUCAUGACGACGCCUUGGCGAUAUGCGAACAACGACACGCCCAUGGAUUGGAGACAACAACUUCUGUCUAAGAGCGAGAGCAUGUCGGAUCCAAGCAUUGCGAAUUCGCGGGUUUGGCUCAUUGGAGAUUCUAUCCACCCUAUGCUCCCUUCUAGAGGAAUGGGCGCGAAUAAUGCGAUCCACGAUACAGCUGAUGCACUUGGUCCAUUACUUGAACUCGCGAAGCUGAAGAAUGCAAAUGGAGAUGUGUCUGAUGAACAGAUUGGUGAUCAGCUGGCGGUAUAUGAGAAGGUUAUGAUGCCGAGGGCUUUUAAAUGGGUUAAGAAGAGCAGUAGCCAACAGUUGCCGGACCUGGACAGUCUGUCAGGGCGAGCAAUAAUCAUUGGUCUGCGAGUGAUGCUCUUUGUAGUUGGUGGUUUUGUCAGAUGUCUUAGGAUGCUCGGUUGGGAACCGAAGGAUGAUGCUCCUGAGCUCUCUUGA